AUGUUACGAUCACGAUUUUUAUUAAUAUUGUUCGUCAUUAAAUUGAGUUUUUCUUUGGGAUAUUCACAAGAACGAUUGAAAGAUUAUGAAACAUUAAGCUAUAUGGUUGGACUGUCAGAACCAUUGGAAAGUACACUUGAAUGGGACUAUGAUUCGUAUGACGAUGCUAAACUUAUUUUUCGAUGGAAUAUUACAUUAACAAACGGUUACUGUGGUAUACUUGCAUUUUCAAAUCACGAUUUAGAUACGAACAAUUUAGAUGUUAUUAUAUUUGGUGACGAUGAAAAAAUCUAUAAUGCUUAUACAAAUGAAGAUAGUUCAUUGUUUAUACUGAAGAAUAGUGUUAAACUAGAUUUCCGCGUAUUAAAUGCUGUUAGUACCAGAAAUAAAAGAAAAAAAGAAUAUUCAAUAGGAAUUAUUCGACCAUUAGAUACAUGCAACCGACAACAACGAAAUUAUAUUAUCGAUAGUGGUACGACACAUUUAUUAACUGGAUCGAUGGUGCAUGAAGAUUUCGAAAAAAUUAAACAAGGAAAAUCAAUCACGAUGGAUGUUGAACGAAUGAAUUUAAUCUUACAACGUGUUCAAUUAUUAAAAAGUCGAGCUGAUUCUGAUCAAAUACCCGAUGAAGAUCCACACCAUGAUUUUUUAAAUGGCGAUGUUCUUAUACCAAAUGUUGAAACAACUUAUUGGUGUACACGUUUUGAAUUGCCAGCAAAAAUUAUGGCAAAACCUCAUCAUAUCAUUCGUUUUGAUGGUAUCGUCUCGCCGCAAAGUGACGGAAUCGUGCAUCAUAUGGAACUAUUUCAUUGUAAUGUUGCGUCUGAUUUCGAUAUACCGGCAUUUAAUGGCGUAUGUACUAGUGAACAAAAACCAAUGGGUUUAACACCAUGUCGUCGUGUUGUUGGUGCAUGGGCAUUAGGCGCGACGAAUUUUACUUAUCCAAAAGAUGCUGGCGGACUCAUAGGUGGCAAAAAUACGUCACGUUUUCUUGUGCUUGAAGUACAUUUCAAUAAUCCAUCAUUAAAGAAAGGUAUCAUUGAUCAAUCAGGUAUACGACUAUAUUAUACACCUGAAUUACGAAAAUAUGAUGCUGGCAUAAUGGAAGUUGGUCUUGAAUAUAAUGAAAAAAAUUCUAUUCCACCACGAGCCAAUCAAUUUCGUAUUUCUGGUUAUUGUUCUCGUGAAUGCACACAAGCAACUUUACCAAAACAAGGCAUAACAGUGUUCGCAUCACAAUUGCACACACAUCUUAAUGGUAUAGAAACAUUUACUCGUAUUGUAAAGACAAAUGGCGAUCUUAUAACAUUAAAUAUUGAUCGUCAUUAUAGUCCUCAUUUUCAAGAAAUUCGUCUACUACCUAAACCGAUUUUAAUUGAACGUGGCGACAUCAUUUUACACACAUGUAUUUAUAAUACACAAAUUCGAGAGAAUAUGACGUUUGGAGGCUACGGAAUAAGCGAUGAAAUGUGUGUUAAUUAUAUGCAUUAUUAUCCACGAGCUGAUCUUGAACUAUGUAAGACAAGUGUAAGAGAUGAUGCACUUGAUCGAUUUUUUCAAACAAUGAAAGAAUACGAUUAUGCUACGACAAGCAAAAGUCAAACAGUGUUUGAAAAUUAUAGAUCUAUACGAUGGACUCCAUUAACUACAGCUAUACUUCAAGAAUUUUAUGAAAUAGCACCCAUUCAUUUAUCUUGCAAUGGAUCUGAUGGAAAUUAUGCAAAAACCUUCGAUCCAAAUCGAGAAUAUCGUCCCCAAGAACCGAUCGAACGUAAUGUACCGAUCGAUACAGCUGCAGAAUGCAACUGA